AUGCCUUGGCCGAAGCUCACUCCUCUUCAGUCCCGCUUUGCUGCCUCCCUUGCCGCCACUCUCCUUCUCGUCAUCCUCUACUUUGUCCUCUCCAGCCCACACCUCGCAUACGCGGCCGACGUUGAUGCUGUGAUAUUAGAGCGGUAUGGCUCUCCAGAUGCGCCGAUAGCAGAUACCCAUGGCCAGCUAUCUGAUCUAGUGGGUGAAGAUGCGCUGGUUGCUGAAGACGGGGUUGAUAUUGAGGAGAGGGCAGCACCGGGGACAGAGGCUCUAGCAAACAAUGUUGCGAAAUUGAAGAAUAUAAAGAUUGGUGAAACGCAGUAUUGGGUCUUCCCGAAGGAAGCGUUGCGUGGCCCCAAGUCACCGGCAACGCUCGGUCUUCCAUCAGACAUUGGUCUUGUCACUGGUAUCGAGUCAAGACACUCGGAGGAAUCUCCUGACCUAGAGGGUCGAGAUAGCAACCUAUCGCGCCGCACUACAGCCGUAUACAUCACAGCGAAUACCUGCCUCCAACCAGGCCUCAACACAACCCGUGAAGCUAAGGAUGCUGGUCCCCCUCAGCUGGAACUGUACGUGUCCACCAGCAAAUCGGUUGACAGACCUGGUCCACAUACCAAGGAGGGAUCUGGCGUUAUUCACAAACCGUUUGAUGGCGGUUAUGUUAACGUAAAUCCAACCGCAGACGGAGACGUAUAUAUCUCCGUUUCCGCACCAAACAACACCCGAUAUGCGGGGAUAUAUAACUACGAAUUGGCAGCUUCUAUUGACGCCCCUUUCCACGGCCUUGAUAACACUACGUCUUUUCUUUACUUUGUCGAUGGAGAUAGCGAUGCCGCGCUACUGCAGACGAACGAUACCACCAAUGCAGAGCCUGACUCUGAAGUAUAUAAGCAAUGGCUGGCCUUGAACCCACCGCCAUUUACAUUAUUCGCGCACAACAUGAACGACUCCGCAAUUGUUGGACUUCAACAUUCAUUCUGCGGGUUACAGAACAAUGCACAAAUCAGCAACAAACAGAAAAGCCUCGACGUUGGUAUGACGAGUCGAGGCAUGGACCGGAAACCCAAGGAGCAGAUCUAUGCUAAGGGCCUCAACAGCAGCUCUAUUUAUUAUGGAUUUUUAGCCAUGGAAGGAAAUUCCACGGCUUCUGGAGAUAAAGUGGUUGGAGGUGGUGGAAAGGUGUGGAAGGCAAUGAACUUCACAACCAAGAGGGAAAACAACUGCGCCAUUGUAUAUAACUUGAAAUUCUGCUCCGAAGUCGCCUAUGCAGUGCCUUCAAACCCAAGUCUCAAUGUCACCCAACUUAGCGAGAUUUACGACACGCAAGCCGCGAAAGCAUUUGAGAAUUUCACCUACUCCCUUCAGCAAAUACCUUGCGAUGCCCCAUCAACAGAACAGUACUCUCUCGCAACGAACUGCUCAAAAUGCAAAAACGCAUAUAAACAAUGGCUUUGCGCCGUUACGAUACCCAGGUGUCAAGAUUACUCGAGUGAUCUAACGUUUCUUCGCCCAAGAAACACUGGGCAAAUGUUUAUCAACGGGACUAUGCUACCAGAUGAGGACGUGAAUCGACAAAGAGUCUUAACGAACUCUUCUCGAAAUUCCCUCAUUGAUACCCUGAUCAAACCCGGGCCAUACAAAGAGGUUCUACCCUGCCAGGACCUAUGUCACGUCUUGGUCCAGAGCUGCCCUGCGUCAUUUGGAUUCGGAUGCCCGACGGGUCCAUGGUUUAACGACUCUUAUGGAACACGAAGUCCCAAUGGCGAUAUUACGUGCAGUUACCUCGGAGCCGCGUACUUCCUAAACUCGGCCUGGAAGUCUGUGGAUGGGAUGAAAGUCAUCUUUACCUUUACUAUUACGUUUUGGGCAGUCGUUUGGGGUAUCGUUCACUGGGACUGA